UCCAGGACCUUUUCUUCCACCUGAUACUUUCACCGUCAUGACCGCACCAAUCCGAUACAUGCGCCCUGUUAUAGCGACAGUCGCAGCUGGAGGCAUUGGCGCAGGCAUCGCAUUUACUUUUCUCAAUCGCAACGUUCACGCAGACGCCGGGGAACCACCCAAGGUUUUUGGAAAAGGUCCGGCGUUCGUGUCGUUACCAGUCGAGAGCGUCCAAGAUAUCAAUCACAAUACAAAGCAAUUGCGAUUCAGACUCCCACAAGAAGAUGCCGUGAGCGGUCUUUCGGUGACCUCUGCGGUCCUCACCAUGUCAUGGCCUAAGGGAAGAUGGUUUCCCGUCGCGAGACCAUACACACCAGUUAGCGCGUUAGACGAACCCGGCCACUUCGACCUCCUCGUAAAGCAAUACCCGGAUGGCAAACAAAGCACACACCUACAUUCCCUCCAGCCUGGCGACAAGUUACUUUUUGCGGCAGCACUUCGAGGUUACCAAUGGGAACCAAAUACUGUACCACAUGUUACACUGAUUGCGGGCGGCGCGGGAAUCACACCGAUAUACCAACUCGCGCGAGGAAUCCUGAGUGACCCAUCCGACAAGACAGCAGUCACGAUUGUUUACGGAGCCAACACUGAUCAAGAUGUGUUGCUCCAAAAGGAAUUUGAGGAUUUCAAAUCGAAGUAUGGCGACAGAUUCGAGUACCUCUAUACAGUGAGCGCGCCUGAUCCUGGUUCACCGUGGCGAAAGGGACGAGUCACCAAAGAGUUGCUGGAGCAAGUUGCGAGUACGCGGGAGAAGGAAGUUGAUGGAAAAAAGAUGGUUUUCGUAUGCGGUCCACCGGCCAUGGAGGCUGCCCUGGUAGGAACGAAGAAGGAGAAGGGAAUCUUAGAACAAUUGGGUUAUGACAAAACGCGGAUUCAUACUUUCUAG